UCUGAUUUAAGAGAGCAGAAGGAGAAAAAGAAAAUCACCGUCGCAGAGAAGUUUCAGUUUAAACUGAGGAGGAAAAGAAUAAUUCAAAGAAGGGAUUUACUGACUCGAAGAAGAGACAACCAUGGUGUCUUUUGGACUUGAAGUGGUGGGAUGCACUCUGUCAGUGCUGGGCUGGCUGCUGAGCGUGGUCAGUUGUGCUUUGCCAAUGUGGAGAGUUUCUGCCUUCAUUGGAGCCAACAUCGUCACAGCUCAGGUGUACUGGGAGGGCCUGUGGAUGAGCUGCGUCUUUCAAAGCACGGGGCAGAUGCAGUGUAAGGUCUACGACUCCAUGCUGGCCCUACCUCAGGACCUGCAGGCUGCGAGGGCCCUCACGAUCGUCUCCAUCAUCCUUGGGGUGGUGGCUCUCCUCAUCUCUCUGGUCGGAGCAAAGUGCACCAACUGCAUCGAGGAUGAGGGCGUCAAGGCCAGGGUAAUGAUCUCCUCCGGUGCAGCCUUCAUCACAGCAGCUCUGGCCAUGAUCGUGCCAGUGUCCUGGUCCGCCCACACCAUCGUCAUUGAGUUCUACAGCCCAAUCAUCCCGGCCGCACAGAAGAUGGAGAUCGGUGCGGCGCUGUACCUGGGCUGGGCUGCCUCCGCCCUGCUCUUGAUUGGAGGCGCCAUUCUCUGCUGCAGUUGUCCUCCGAAAGAAGAGAAACCGACCAGGUACAGCGUGCAACCACAAAGUCGUAUAGCGUACUCAGCCGCACCACGGUCAGUGGCUCACAGCUCCUACACCAGAAAAGACUAUGUGUGAUAAAGAUUUAUUGUGAUUCCGCUGUUAAUAAUUAUAAAGAAUAUAAGAAGCAGAGCUGAAGAUGAUUUUUAUGUAUAUUUUGGAUCAAAAAUGUUUAUAGAUAUAUUUGAUACUUUUGAAUGUGUUUAAAGGCUCUGUGCAGUUUUUUUUUUUGAUAUAAUGCUGUUUACAUUUAGCCAUUGGUCUGAAAAAGAAGAGAGAAUUUUUUAAUGAAGAGGACCAAAUUGUUCUGUCUAUCCCAUAACAAUUUGUAUUAAAUAUUUAUUUGUUCUCAUUCAGAUGCAUUCUGGAUUUUGUUUUGUUGUCCUGACUUUUCCUCUGUCGUCAGCUACUGUUAAGCAAAUAGAAACUCUAAUGUACAUAAAGGUGCUUUUGAACGGGGCAAAGUCACAGAUAUAAAACAUUUUACACCGCUGAGCGAAACGGAGCUCACUUUGGCUCCGACACAAGGUCAAAGUGGAGGAGUUAGAUGUUGAGAGGGAUGAAAAAAAGUUAAAAAUCAACUCUUUAUGGACAUGUCGAAUAAUUUCUUCUACUUUUUUUCGUUUUCUAUAAAAGUUCAAUUGUCUGUGUUGACAAAUGUUUUGAAGUUGGUUAUACAUUUGAAAUGUAUUGACUUGUAUAGGAGCGUUUAUGUUAUGGAUAUGUUUUUAUUUUAUAUACAGCAAAAUAAAUGAUCUUUAAAAAAUG